UUAUAAUUAAUAGUUGAAUACAGUUUGAGUGUAGAGUUUGUAGACAAAUAACAUUGAAUUUGAUGGAAACGAUCGACAAAAUGACAUGGACAGUGAGUGGACAUCAUCUGCGGAUGUGUUGCCGAUUGAAUUGAUUGAACGGAUCCUUCAUUACUGUACGGGCCGUUCAUUUGCAUUGUCGUCCAGAGUUUCCAAACGAUGGCUUUCGGCGGUUCAGAACAUCGAAAGAACUUCAAGACAUUUCUGGCGGAAGUGUUGUUAUGAAGAAAUCGAAAAUUCAAUUCUCGAAGACUUGAAUCCAUUGGACAAUCAAUUAGUGGACGAAUUGAAUGACAAGAAGUGUAAAGAAGUUUAUAAGCGUUGGAUUCGAAACCAAUUUCUCGAUUCAAAGAAAAACUCUUUUCAUAAAUCGAAUCAUUCUUUUGGAUCAAAAGCCAAUCGUUUCGACAAUAUUUCGACCGUCGGAGUCACCGGGACUCUUGUGGUAACUGGUCAUCGAUCGGGAAAAGUCCUGAUUCACGACAUUCUGAACGGUAUUCCUGCCGUCAAAGUCGCCCAACACUCGGACGCCGUCACUGACAUUGCGUUCGUCAAUAUCUGUGGCAAAGAGAUUUACGAAUUGUUUGAAACAAAUGUUGAAAUGAAUGAAAUGUCUUUCGCUAAUCAUCAUCACAUCAUUUCUGUGGCCAAAGAUCACCGAAUUCUAAUUUCUUUACUCACAUCCGAACGUCCGGAAUGUCAGUUCCAGAUCUGUCCGCUAACUGAUCGCAAAUUUGCGAAAAUUCGCGUAAACUAUGAAUUGUUUGCGGUUUCGACUCAACAAUCGGUUGAUAUCUCGCUGUUCCGACUCGUCGUCCCGGACGACGGCAAAGUGCCGUUAGAGAGUCCAUUGCGCUCUCAAUUAGUGACAACAAUAUCAUUGCGCGAUAUCUUUGGAGAAACUCAUCUCUGGAAUGGAAUCUUUUGUUUCGCGAAUUUAAAGUUGAAUUGUUUGAGUGAAGACGACUCUCUCAUAGCGAACAGCGAUUGCGUUCUAAACAUCGCUUUUAUGUCAGAAAAAAACUCAACAAAAACUAAUUGGCGUUGGAAUCAAAUCAAUGCACUUCAGUUCGCACACGAAUUGCGUUUCGCCAAAAARAGACGAUCUUUUAUCUACAAAAACAAAGAGUAUUGUCUGAGCGAUCCGGACGACGACGACGACGACGACGACUCGGUGUCCGCUAAGAUCAUGAAAGUCUUUGCUUUCGGAGAAUCCGUUUUCUUCUUGAUUAACAAAUUCAAUCAAAUUCUGUUUUCAACGGAUUCCAAGACUUUCCGUUUGUGUCCAUUGGAUCAUUGGAUCGACAGAGGCGACCGCGUGACCACUAUAUUCUUAUUCGCUUCGGUAGUGGUUUGCGGCACUUAUGACGGCUUUGUUUACGUCCAUUGCUGUCCUUCCUUUAAAAGACUGGAAUACUUGUCUCAUUAUAAGCCGAUGUUCUCUUCUAAAGUGACCUCUGACCCCAUAACUGGUCUUUCUUGUGUCGACAAUGGAUUAGGACUAGUAUUGGCCGUCACUACUGAACACCAAAUCUUUCUUCUUAAUUGGUUUUCUUCGACUCUGAAGACAAUCAUUGACUGAUAUUUUU